AUGUCAUCAACACUGUUGGAGAGAACAAGAGAACUUCAUGAAUCUAUAGAGAGAUAUGAAUUGAUGAUUGUCGCUGAACAAUCAGAGGAACCAAAGACUCAAAAAGACAGUGUAAUCCAGAGUCACUGUGUUAAUCACUACUUGGAACAAUCGAUAAAAUGUGCCAACGAUUUGAAAAAGAUAUAUCAAGAUGAAGAUGGUCAAAGAAAAGCAGAUCUAUCAGCGAUUUCAGGUCAAGGCCCUGCUAUCUUUAGUAACUUUUAUGAUAAACUAAGAGAGUUGAAAGACUAUCAUAGAAAGUAUCCUACUCUAGAAAUAGAGAGAAUAGGUUCCGUUUUAAAUUAUACACCAACACUUUCAUUCUCUGGUAAUGAAGCAUACGGUAGAUUUUUAGAUUUAAAUGAAAUGUUUGAAUUAUAUUUGAACUUGCCAUUCGUUCAAAAGAAUAUCGAUUAUAUCACCUAUCUAUCAUUGUUUAGCAAAUUCAAUUAUAACGAUAUCUCUAGAUUUAAGAAUGCUAAAUAUAAACAAUAUUUAGAUAAACUGUAUCAGUAUUUAGCAUCGUUUAUGGAGAGAUCACAACCAAUGUUUGAUAUGAAAUCAAUGAAUGAAUCAAACGAGAAGGAAUUUGAAGAUAAAUGGAAUAAUAAAGAGUUUGAUCCAAGUGCUGAUAAUAAUAAUAAUAAUAAGAGUGAUUCAAACGGUCAUAACAACAACAACAAUAAUAAUAGUAAUAAUAAUGAUAACAAAAAUGAGGAAACUACAGCUGAUGAAUCAAUGGAUACUAAAGAAACAACAACAGCAGCAACAGCAACAGCAACAGCAACAACAGAUGAUACGUCAUCACCACUCUAUUGUAAAGCAUGUAAAAAACUAUUUGCAUCGGAAAAUGUAUAUAAUGGUCAUCUGAAAGGAAAGAAACAUAUCAAGUUGGAGGAACUAUUACAAAAGAGUCAAUCAGAGAACGGAGGAUUGGUCAUCGACAUGGUGGCAUUCAAUCAUAAAUCAAGAAAACCAACUUCACUCUUGGAAUACCAAAUAUCAAAACUAGGUGAGUUACUCGAUGAUCAAGUACAAGAAACCAAAGAAAGUGUCAUUAAGAAACAAUCUAGAAGUAUUAAGGAAAUUGAAGAUGAUAUGAAUACAAUUGAAAAUGAAAUCGAUGAUAUCGAGAUUGAUGAUGAACCAAUCAAACUUAGAAUUGCAAACUAUCCAGUAGAUUGGAGUGGUAAGCCGAUUCCAUAUUGGGUCUACAAGUUCCAUGAACUCGGUGUUGAAUAUAAAUGUGAGAUAUGUGGUAAUCAAUCAUACUGGGGAAGAAAAGCAUACGAAAAACAUUUCCAAGAACCAAGACAUUCAUAUGGUAUGUCGUGUAUUGGUAUUCCAAAUACACUUCAUUUCCACCAUAUUACAAAGAUUAAGGAUGCUAUGGAGUUGAACAAGAAGAUCAAGGAAAUCAAUGCAUCAGUUUCAUUCAAAUCUGACAAAGACGAAGAGUACGAAGAUGAAAAUGGUGAGGUUAUGAAUAAGAAGACCUAUGAAAUGUUGGCCAGACAAGGUUUAAUCAAAAAGAGAAAAGCAAAUUAA